AUGGCCCCCAUGUACGAAGGUAUGGCCUCGCAUGUGCAAGUUUUCUCUCCUCACACCCUUCAGUCAAGUGCCUUCUGUAGCGUGAAGAAACUGAAAGUGGAGCCGAGCUCUAACUGGGAUAUGACUGGGUACGGCACACACAGCAAAGUCUACAGCCAGAGCAAGAACGUGCAGUCCUCCCAAGCCGCCGCCGCCGCCGCCGUCAACGACUCCCUGCAGAUCCCCAACCCGAGCAUCCCGUACGAGCAGACCAUCAUCUUCCCAGCCAGCACGGGGCACAUCGUGGUGACAUCCGCCAACAGCACCUCUGGUGUGGUUGCAGUGUCUGGACAAACACUGGGCGGGCCACACAACCUGAUGCGUCGCAGCACUGUGAGCCUUCUGGACACCUACCAAAAAUGUGGACUUAAGCGGAAGAGUGAGGAGAUCGAGAACACGAGCAGCGUGCAGAUCAUCGAAGAGCACCCACCAAUGAUUCAGAACAAUGCCAGUGGGGCCACCGUAGCCACUGCCACCACCUCCACGGCCACGUCCAAAAACAGUGGCUCCAACAGCGAAGGGGAUUACCAGCUGGUGCAACAUGAGGUGCUCUGUUCCAUGACCAACACGUACGAAGUGCUAGAGUUUCUUGGCCGGGGAACCUUUGGACAAGUCGUCAAAUGCUGGAAACGUGGCACUAAUGAAAUUGUGGCCAUCAAGAUCCUGAAGAACCAUCCUUCCUAUGCCCGGCAAGGCCAGAUCGAAGUAAGCAUCCUGGCUCGGCUCAGCACGGAGAGCGCAGAUGACUACAACUUUGUCCGCGCGUACGAGUGCUUCCAGCACAAGAAUCACACGUGCUUGGUCUUUGAGAUGUUGGAGCAGAACCUCUAUGAUUUCCUAAAACAAAACAAAUUCAGUCCCUUGCCCCUUAAGUACAUUCGACCAAUUCUCCAGCAGGUAGCAACCGCCCUCAUGAAGCUCAAAAGCCUAGGACUGAUUCAUGCUGAUCUCAAGCCAGAGAACAUCAUGUUGGUAGACCCAUCUCGACAGCCAUAUAGGGUCAAGGUCAUAGACUUUGGUUCAGCUAGCCACGUCUCUAAAGCUGUGUGUUCUACCUACCUUCAAUCCAGAUAUUACAGAGCCCCUGAAAUCAUCCUCGGUUUACCCUUCUGUGAAGCAAUCGAUAUGUGGUCGUUGGGAUGCGUCAUUGCAGAACUCUUCUUGGGCUGGCCUUUAUACCCAGGAGCUUCAGAGUAUGAUCAGAUCCGCUAUAUUUCCCAGACGCAGGGCUUACCAGCAGAGUAUUUGUUGAGUGCAGGGACGAAGACUACAAGGUUUUUCAACAGGGAUACAGACUCACCAUAUCCCUUGUGGAGGCUGAAGACGCCAGAUGACCAUGAGGCAGAGACGGGGAUCAAGUCGAAGGAAGCGAGGAAGUAUAUUUUCAACUGUUUGGAUGAUAUGGCACAGGUGAAUAUGACAACGGAUUUGGAAGGAAGCGAUAUGUUGGUGGAAAAGGCAGACCGGCGGGAGUUCAUAGAUCUGUUAAAGAAGAUGUUGACAAUAGAUGCCGAUAAGAGAAUAACGCCCAUCGAAACUCUGAACCAUCCUUUUGUCACCAUGACACACUUGCUUGAUUUCCCUCACAGCACACAUGUCAAGUCCUGCUUCCAGAACAUGGAGAUUUGCAAGCGGCGGGUGAAUAUGUAUGACACCGUGAACCAGAGCAAGACGCCAUUCAUCACCCACGUAGCCCCGAGCACAUCCACCAACUUGACCAUGACCUUCAACAACCAGCUGAACACGGUCCACAACCAGACCACCAACCUGGCUCCCACCUCCUCCAGUGCCACUAUUUCCUUAGCCAACCCCGAAGUCUCCAUACUAAAUUACCAAUCUGCACUCUACCAGCCCUCAGCGGCGUCCAUGGCUGCGGUGGCCCAGCGGAGCAUGCCCUUGCAGACGGGAACUGCGCAGAUCUGUGCCCGGCCCGACCCCUUCCAGCAAGCUCUCAUCGUCUGCCCACCAGGCUUCCAAGGGUUACAAGCCUCCCCUUCGAAGCACGCUGGGUACUCGGUUCGGAUGGAGAACGCCGUUCCCAUCGUCACUCAGGCUCCUGGGGCCCAGCCUCUCCAGAUCCAGCCAGGACUCCUCGCACAGCAAGCCUGGCCCAGCGGCACGCAGCAGAUCCUGCUCCCUCCCGCCUGGCAGCAGCUCACUGGAGUCGCCACCCACACGUCUGUCCAGCACGCGACCGUCAUCCCCGAGUCCAUGGCCGGGACCCAGCCCCUGGCAGACUGGAGAAACACGCACCGUCACGGCAGCCCCUACAUCAUGCAGCAGCCCGCGCUGUUAGCUAGCCAUGUGACUCUCCCCGCAGCCCAGCCCGUGAACGUGGGUGUCGCGCACGUCAUGCGCCAGCCGCCCGCCACCGCCACCUCCGCCAGGAAGAGUAAGCAGCACCAGUCGGCGCCCCGAAACGCGUCCACCUACGAAGUGUCGUCCUCGCAGUCGCUCAGCUCCCCUCAGCGCUCGAAGCGGGUCAAGGAGAACACGCCGCCGCGCUGCGCCAUGCUGCACACCAGCCCCGCGUGCAGCCGCGAGCAGAAGCACGCGCCCACCAGCACCUUGUCCAAGCAAAGGAAGAACGUCAUCAGCUGCGUCACUGUGCAUGAUUCCCCCUACUCCGAUUCCUCCAGCAACAACAGCCCUUACUCAGUGCAGCAUCGCGCAGGGCAGAACAACGGGAACACCUACGACAUCAAAGGGGUUCCAGAGACUCACUGCAGUGGGAACCCCCGAACGAUCAUCGUGCCACCACUGAAAACCCAGGCCAGUGAGGUGUUGGUAGAGUGCGAUAGCCUGGCGCCAGUCACCACCAGUCACCACUCAUCCUCCUACAAGUCCAAGUCCUCCAGCACCGUGACCUCCACCAGCGGUCACUCUUCAGGGAGCUCGUCUGGAGCCGUUGCCUAUAGGCAGCAGCGACCAGGAGCACAUUUCCAGCAGCAGCAGCCUCUUAAUCUAAGCCAGGCCCAGCAGCACAUCGCGACCGAUCGCACAGGGAGUCACCGGAGACAGCAAGCCUACAUCACUCCAACGGCCGCUGCUCACCUGCCCACCCAACCCCACCUCUACACAUACACGGCCCCCGCCGCGCUGGGCUCCACGGGCACCGUUGCUCACCUGGUGGCCUCGCAAGGGUCCGCGCGGCACGCUGUGCAGCACACCACCUACCCCGCCAGCAUCGUCCACCAGGUCCCGGUCAGCAUGGGCCCGCGCGUGUUGCCCUCGCCCACCAUCCACCCGAGUCAAUACCAGGCUCAGUUUGCCCAUCAGACCUAUAUCAGUGCUUCUCCAGCCUCCACAGUCUACACUGGAUACCCACUGAGCCCCACCAAGGUCAACCAGUACCCUUACAUCUAAACACUGGAAUAAGGAGCAAGAGACACACCCGACACGAGGGAGUGAGGCGGCUGCUUUUGUACUGAAGGACGUGACAAACUAACAAUGCAAUGGGAGGCUCGCGCGAAACUUGAACGAAGGAGACUUUAAGGAAGAGACGAGAAAGAGGAGAGAAGGGGGAGAACCAAUUCUACACUUUUUAUUUAAAAAAAAAAAGAAAAUGGAAAAAAAGA